UAAAAAACCUGUUCCAAGAUGAUGAUGUUAUCGGACCUGUUCGCUGCUAUUCAGCACGGUCUUCCAAGGGGCAGUCGCUGUUUUGGCUAAUUGCGUGCAGUGGGCAUGAUCUAAAAUCUCGAUGUUGAUUAAACAGAUUAAGUCUGAAGAAAUGUCUUGAUAAAGCCUUGUCUUAUUGACGUUUCGUGAAGCUUAUACUAGAUAGAUUCAGGCGAAGAAGAAGAGCCGUGAUAUUUUUAUUUCGAAUCCUGGUGAUUUCCUGACAAAUCUCUACACUUUUCCAGUGCGCUUUCAGAUCCCCUUUUAAAAUGCCUCUUAGGUUGCAAUUCACGUAGGUAUCUUAAAGAUCUUCGGCGCCGAUACUUAAGUCCGCGAUGGUCUCUGUCCCCAACACCACGAUCAUUGCGCCAAUAGCAACAACCUUCGACGAGAGCGGUGACGACGAAUGGGUAAUUGACUUCAUGAAUCAGCUCAGAGACUAUAUCAACAAGUGGUGCUUUGUGGUCAUACUUGCCCUCGGCAUUCCCGGGAACACCAUGUCCCUGUUUGUGACCUUAAAGAAGGACAACCGCAGAAUCAGCACUUGUAUUUACAUGGCUGCAUUGGCCCUGGUCGACUCGGGCGUUAUCGUCAACGCCGGACUCCAUAAGAUAAUAAUCACUCACGGUUUGUCGACAGAUUUGAAGGAGAAUAUGCCGUUUCUUAGCUGGAUCUGGUUUUCAACCAACGUGUGUUCAAUCAGCUCAGGCCUCUUUCUCGCCGAGAUGAGCAUAGACCGGGCCAUCGCGGUCACCUACCCGAUGAAGGCCGCAACCAUCUGCACCACCUCCAAAGCCACCAAGGUCGUUACAGCUACAUUCGCAUUCGAGUUGAUCGUCCAAAGCCAAGCAUACCACAUGUACAAGCUACCGAAACCAGCGAACGGAAUGUUACUGCGAGAGCUCACUGGAGAUUUAAAAUGGGCGGUUACCUUAUUCAACACGCAAAUGCUCAUUCUUGGUACAGUUGUCCCUUUCAUCAUAUUAAUGGUCUCAAAUACAAUAAUUAUCCUAAAAAUCCGUCGGGCGGCCAACGAAAGAGAGAAAUUAGAAUCACGUCAACGAAAGCAAGAAAACGGGUCAAAUUUAAGGAUGAUGCUACUUGGGACGACACUGGCCUAUAUAAUAUGUUCUUGUCCUAAACGCGUGUGGGAAACAUUGGCCGGAGCAUUGUACAACUUGUCAGACCCCUAUUGGUACGCUCGGUACUGGCUGGAGUUUCAGUUUUUUACGGAAUUGUGGCUCUGUAACUUUGCGGUGAACUUCUACGUCUAUUUCCUCGGGGGCGGACGUAAGUUUCGUAAUGAUACAAGAGAUGUUUUGUUUGUAUGUUGCCGGAAAUCUACCAAGUAAGAGAUGCUUUAGACUGAUGAUUGGAUGUUGCAGCAGGCAAGUGUGGGAAGUUUUGAUCGGAUGUUGCUCUUAAGUUAUUUAAGCUUUUAGGCUAAUAACAUUCAUCGAAAGUGAAACACUAUUAUAUACGUAUCUUUCAAACUAACUUUUGAGCUGGUGAGGUGCUGAAGAUCUUACUGUAUCGGGACAGUUUCUAGGUGCGGGCUAAUCGACGGAAUAGCUGACGAGAAACUGCGGGGGAGUUUACCUGAAUAACUGCACAUUGAUUCGUUUGCUCUGCUGGCCCGUUGGCAUGGUUGCAAAUGGUUUUUCCAAACGAGUGUAGGUGUCUCUGCAACAAAUCUAUUGAUAUGCAUUAUUAGCAUGCUAUCGAUGAAAUUCAUUUAUGUUUAGAAUGAAGCGAGAGUGAUCUUGCAACGCUAACCAAGCCAACCACGCCAGCAACGAACCGAGCACAUAAAAAAGCAAUCAAUUAUCCAAAAUUAAUGAAGAAUAAAUCACGACUCAAUAGAAAUAUAUAGUACCGCCUGGUGUCGAUUUCAUUAGCCAUAUCAUCUCGACGGAUGAAUACAUUCAGAGAACUAGUCCUGACGCGCAUGUUUUCACCAGAACUGUGUGCUUCGGUCGACGAUCAAUAUCGUAGUCUGAGAUACUGUACUUCCCACACCUCUGUAGAAAUACCGGCGUUAAGCUUACUCGCUUAGUGAAAUAUUCUUUGGAUUCGAGUAAUAAAACUCCCAUCUUGCAGAAUGUUAGGCUUGGAUAUAAACAUCCGGAAAAGUAACAUCCGCUUUGCACUCCUCAUCUUUUUUUACCUCCUUUAUGUGGUGAUCGGUGCAGCUAUCGUUUCGGCGGUGGAGGGGCCAAUCGAAAAGGCAAUGGUUAAAAAAAUUAGGAAGCAUAGACAAAGGGUGAUGGAACAGACAAAGGGCUGCUUGACAGAUGGGGAGUUAGAAGCGUUCAUCGUCGAGAUCGUCAAGGCGAGUGAAAGAGGAGUAUCAGCCAUCUACAAUGUCUCCAGCGAACCCAACUGGAGCUUCGGACAGUCUAUCUUCUUCGCUGGAACAGUACUUACAACAAUAGGUUAUGGUCACACCACACCACUCUCCGAAGGAGGGAAGGUCCUCUGCAUCGUCUACGCCCUCAUCGGAGUCCCCCUGACCCUUAUCAUGUUCACAGCAGUCGUGGAGCGCCUUAUGAUCCCCUCAACAAAGUUCCUCAAAUUCCUCGGGAAGAAAAUGGAGCACCUACACAAAGCUGUGUACAUUCGCUUCCUCCAUCUUUUCAUCGUUUUCACGAUUCUGCUACUGUUAGUUUUCAUAAUCCCGUCGGUAAUAUUUUCUACUAUAGAAGAGGAGUGGAAUUUCCUGGACUCAAUAUACUACUGUUUUAUAUCAAUGACAACUAUUGGCCUUGGCGAUUACAUUCCUGGAGAACAACCCAACCAAAAACAUAGGACAGUUUACAAGGUUUUUAUCACAAUCUAUCUCCUCCUCGGCUUGAUCUGCAUGAUGUUCACUCUAGCUGUCAUGUACGAAAUCCCCGAGCUCAACCUUGGUCUACACUUCUACAUGCGGAGCGAUGAGGAAGAUGACGAAAAACAACGACUAAAAGACUCCAUCAACCCGGGGAACAAUUACACAGACUUAGACAAGGUGGCUGAGGGAGGUUCGCUCAAUGAAGGAUCUCCCGCCAGAGAACAGCCAGAAUAAUCUGCUGUAGGUUAUUGGAUUUCACCUAAAGGUGGCGUUAAAUGUGUGUAGAACAUGCGCCGCCUUUCUUCAUUCGGUUAUAGGGGACUGUAUAGGCCUACACUUUGACUUAUAAAGACAGUUGUGUGGAUUUUUAAUGCAAUAUGGGAGAAUCUGUGUACGAUGGGGUGAUUUAUAAUCAUUCGAAAAAAAUCACCAGUAAUUAAUACGAUUUUCAAUCCUAACAGCUGAAUUAUCUUCGCUCAGAAAAUUAGACCUUACGCAGUGUUGUAACUCUUUUUUCAAAAUUUACAUGUGAUUUCAAGUCGGCAUUUGAGGCAUCACUUCUCAGGCUGCUGCUUAGGAUACCUAUCUCUGAAACACACCAAUACAAAACACCGAAUUCUCCUAUAACUAUCGGCCUGCAUAUCAUUUGUUUGAACAUACAUUUUAGUAACAGCCUAUAGGAAUGACAUUUUCCCGUCGCCGAGAUCUCAAUACCAUAAUGAAAUCUUCAAUAAAAUCACAAAAAGGAAUAUUCAAUCUACCAGCUUGGUAGUGAAAAGACAGACAACCUUGGUCACACCGACUGAAGAGAGUUUAGUUGCUACUACAUAUCCCCUUCCCUGAGGAACGGUGUUCGUCUAGACAUCCGUGUUUGGAUGCACAACUAGGUGCUUCCAGUUAAUUAAGGAGGAGAUGUGUGACGAAUUCUUAAGAUACCACGGGAGCCACCUCCGAAACCAAAACUUAACUAGACAUGUAUGUAUAUUCAACACACACAUUUCUAGUUCACUUUCUGUACUGUAGUUGACUCCCAUUAUGUUUUAAGGAGAUUUAAACAUCCUGUCCUUUCAGUCACAUCUAUUCGUUCCCUGUUGUUUUCAGAAAAAAAAGAACAUAUUUUCUUACAUGUAUUUUUUCAUCCUCGUUCUGUGAUUCUUUAUAAUAUUGUAAAUUGCAUGUAGAGUUAGAUAAAGCUAAACAAAAAUGACUUGUGUUUACGGUACAUUGUUCCAGAGUCUUUAAGUCUUGCCAUCAAGCGGGCAUCAGAUUCAAAUCAGAUAAAACAUGCUGUGUCCAAGACUGUUAACACGGACUGGUGCUGUUGUGACCUUGUGAAAAGUGAUGUUAUAGUGUAAUGACACUGGUCUUCAAGAAAGUUGCUGCUCUGGUUGCUGAUCGGGUUUGCCAUAAAGUUGCUGGAAAUUGAACUUACAUGGACAAAAACGAUCCAAUCUAGCGUUACUUUCUUGUGAUUGGCAACACAGUACCUUAUGUAUAUAUAUAAAAUGUAUCUUUAAUUUAUUUGGGUUAGUUACGUUAUAGGCGAGUACUUAAAACAUUAAAUUGUGGCUUCGGUCUUUCAUCUUAACCUUAAACGGAUCCCUCAACGGUUCGGUCAAUCGGGGCCACUCGUCUGGGCUCCUGACCUAACUCUCGCUGUCUGAACCUCAGAAAUCGAGGCCGGCGGACCAGGCUAAUCCACUCCGACCGGAGACCUUGAUAAUUCAACAGUUGUUAUAAGUUGUUAUUACAAAUAAAUAAAAGUAAUCGCCUGGCUAAAUUGUGAUCUUGAUGUAUAGGUUAGUUUUUGUGAAAAUUUUAACACUUUUCAUCUUCUGUUGUGCCAACUUAGCUAGCUACAUUAUCAAAAUAGUUUCACUGUGGAAGCUCACUCGUUUUCGGGAUUUUUCACCUGCUUGAGAACUGAACAGCGCACUUUGCACUAAACCGACAUGGUAGAGGGAAUCCCUGAGGACGAGGGUGAUUUGACAGCCAAUGUCCAGACAUCAGGCGUCAUGGGCGGAGGCUACGGAGGCAAUACCGCUGGAAGUUCAGUAUGUCAAGAUGCAAUUGAAAAUGCAGCAUAAAAACAAUUUUGUGCUCAUUGCAUACAUUUGUAGUCACCGUAGUGAAUCCUUAAAUUGUAAAAGUAAGAGCCCCAGAGAAAUUAAAUUGAAACCAUGUUUUUGUCUGCAAGUGCAAGUUGUCUCAGCUUGAUAAAAGAAAAGUUUUUGGGGUGCAAAUAAUUGACGUUGUCCAAUGUUGUUUCUGUUGUAUAUUUGACUACUACUAUAUACAAAAUGUAUAUUCAAUAUAUAUAUAUUUAUUCAAGAGAUAUUUCUAGAGUCUGGGUAUUUUCAAUAUUUGGCCAAAACAACUGGAUUUGUACUUUGUAAAGUUACUAUAGAUCUUAAAAAUAUCGUACACUGGCAUUACCAUCUGGCUUAUUUUUUUCCAUUUUUGUCAAUUACUCUUCGGACGCACUGGAUCGGCCUCAUCCUAUGAAGGAAGAAUGUGCUCGGUGACAAAUGAACUGCCUCGUCCUCAUGAGUUAAACGAAUAUAACGUACAUGUAUGUCGUCUGAGGACCGGCGGGUCCUCGGUGUGUGCGAAUUAUUUUAACCACGGCACUACUUUAGUUCAUUUUGUUUGUUUUUUUAUUUCUUUUUGAGUUGUUUUGGCCAAAUUGUAAUCAGCCCGCGGACUGUUAAUUCGUCUCUGGAUAUAUACACGGUCCGUUGCCGUCGCACUGUGAAAAUCAACCACAUGAAAUUCUUAACCGAGCUCGGGCAAGCAAGUAUCAAAUGAUGGGCGUCAUGUGCAGUCAUGCCUCAGCCCUUAGGAACAACAAGACGGCUCGUAGUUUCAAAAAAGACAUUCGAAAACCGUGAUAUCAAGAAGUUGGAUGAUGAUUGGCCUUUUCAUCAUUAGGACGGGCAGAGUUGAAUUAACAGUAAAAAAAUAAUAGGUAGAAGCAAAUAUGACAAAUGUAUCAAACUUAUAGAGACAUGUAUAAGUCACAGAAUCGGGCCUUGGUCUGAAAAUAAAGACAUGUACAAACGUAAA